GUAGAGAAUAUUGAAAUGGGAAAAGUUUGCCUCUCUUUUUUUUUUUUUUUUUAAAUUCUCAUGUGUUUCAAGUUUUAUUUAUAUCUUUUUUUAGCUAAGCCACAUAGUAUCCUUUGAUAGUCCAUUCAUUUCCAUGUAUAUGUAAAGUAUAAACCUUUAUAGUAGAGAUGGCUGUUGGGUACCUUAUUUUGUCUUUUUGUUAUCUUUUGAUAUUUUAUAGUACAGUACACGAGUUUGUCAGCGAACUGUGUCAUGUUUUAUGUUACCGAUUGCACACGAUUAGGGCUCGAGCAAAGGCAGCGCAAAGGCCUUCUUGAAAGUGCUUCGCUUCGUCGUCGUCACGAUUCUCAGGCCCAACAAAAUUUUCAUUUCAUCUCAAGAACCCUGCGAAGUCUGCCAUUUUGAAGUGAGAAGAGGCGCUUCCUUCCAAAACAAACUUGUAGAGAUUUUGCGUGAUUGUGACCGAAUUUGAACCAGGUCUACUUGACAGAUGAACGACACUAAAUUGCGAGACAUUUGAGUUUUCACCUUUGCGUGUGGGCAGAGCACGGCGACGACGUUUGAUGAGUCACCUGAAAUCACAGAACUCUGAAUGACUCAACUCUGCAAGGUCACAAGCGUCUUAACGUCACGCCCUGAAGAGCUGCACAGUGCAACUCAUCACAUUGCUCGAGUCCAUAAAUCCACCCGAGCGCUCACAGUCCAACCACAGGCUUAACAAGUCGGGGAGGUCCAGAGGUGAUCCCAGAGGUACUCCUUCCUGGGAAGGUGAGCGCACACUCCCACCGCUGCCUUCUCUCCAUGGGCGUGUCCCUCUUUCCACUUAGGAAAGAGGAGGUGCGACGCUGUUCAAGUUUCAACAUGAGAGGAGCCAGUCUGGAAUUGCAAACAUAGGACACGGGACAUUUUCAAGGAGAACAAGCAAAGGUGACUCGUCGUUUUACAACUCGAUUGAUCAAACAGCUUGUAUGAAUGCGUCACGCAAACUGCCAUUUGGAACACUCCUGUUACACCCAAUGAAAAAAAAAACCCACCAUGCUGUUGCUGCCAGGCUUCUUUCCAGUCAGCAUGCGCAGCUGAGAGCAUGACUGUACCUUGACGUCGCCGAAAACUCUCCAUCCAGAUGGAACCCGGUGAUCCUCCGCCGCCACCACCACCCCCACCGCCUUUAUUGCCACCCCCUCCUCCCCUGCCGCCGCCGCCGCCCCCCGGCCCGGGCGGCUCGAGACUGGAGCGUCGGCGCUCCGGGAUGCGCAACUUCAACUGGGAGACCAUCCCCAAGCACACGGUGAUGGGCAAGCGCAACAUCUGGACGGAGGAUCGCACGGACGGCGACUACGAGCUGGACACGGAGCACAUGGAGGAGCUGUUCAGUCACAAGCGGGCCCAACAGCAGAACCAGCUGCAGCUCGCCACCCCGGGCGGCCCGCCGUCUGCUACUUCUGGGGGUGAACUGGUGUCCAUCCUCAGUGCCAAGAGAAGCAUGAACAUCGGCAUUUUCCUCAAGCAGUUCAGGCGGCCCGUGACCGACAUGAUUGAAGAAAUCAAAGCGGGAAACGGCCUGGGUUUCGGUCCCGGGAAACUUCGGGAGCUGUGUAAACUGCUGCCAGAUGACGACGAGGUAAAAGAACUGCUUAAAUUUAAUGGCAACCAGUCGGCCUUGCCGGAUGCAGACCUGUUCAUGCGGAUGUUGGUCCAGAUCCCCGGGUACGAGGAGCGUCUGAGGAGCUUGGUCCUCAAGGAGGAGUUUUUCCCCUUCAUGUCUGAAAUGAGAGGCUUCAUUGGCACUUUGAAAGCUGCUGGAAAUGAGCUUUUGGAUUCUGACAGUCUGCACGCAGUCAUUCGCCUGGUUCUGAAGACUGGAAAUUACAUGAAUGCUGGCGGCUACGCUGGCAGCGCCGUCGCUUUCCGGAUGGCAUCCCUGCUGAAGUUGGUGGACACCAAAGCGAACAAACCUGGGAUGAAUCUAAUGCACUAUGUUGUGAUGGCAAGUGGAUUGCGUCGCUUUCAUCGAGUCACCAAACAUUUGUUUUCGUUUGGUCUUCAUGUUGAUUUUUGUGGUUUCCUACAGCAAGCGCAGAAUGCUGAUGUGGCGCUGCUCAACUUUCCCAAACAACUUGCACACAUUAAAGAUGCUGCAAGAAUCAAUCGAAGUGACAUUGAAGCAGAGUUUGACCGACAAGUCAAAAAAGUGAAUGACGCCAAAGCGAACACUUUGAAGCAGGAAGACCUCAAGGUUCAGAUGGAGGAUUUCCUCAAGGAUGCUGAGGCCUGCUUGGACGAGGUGGAACGUGAUCUCCAGGAGCUUCAGUUAGCCAGCGACUCCGUGGCGCAGUACUUCUGCGAGGACCCCAGCAAGUUCAGACUGGAGGAGUGUUGCUCUAUCUUCGACUCCUUCCGUGAGAGGUUUCUGCGAGCCGUGCAGGAAAACACAGCCCGGGAGGUGGCAGAGGUGAAACGACGACACCGAAACCGGCUGCAGACUGCCGCCAAGCGCAGAUCCACAGCCACCUGCUCAGUCAGAGACAAAGAAAUGGAGGGGAUCGCUUUGGAGUCCGUCCUGCAAAACUUGCUGACCAACCGGCUCCAGAGGAGACGGUCAGGACGACCCUCGUCCACUCACGGCAGCCCCGUGAGCGGGAGCCCCCAAUCGGGGAGCCUUUCGGAGAUUUCGUCUCAGGCGAACUUCCCUGCGCUAAAACGGGCGGGACCCAUACAGGUGAGUGUCACGGCGAAGAAAGAGUGGAAUUCAGCUGCGGAACUCACCGAGCGUCCCCACCAGCAAGCGAAUAGCUCGGACAGCGAGACUGAUGUUUUGUCCGAAAAGGAUAAGGGAGACGAGAUGUUCCUUUGUGCUGUUGAAGAAUCAAGCAGUAGGCCUCCUAGCAUUUCCUCCUCAGCUCGAUCGUUCUCCGCCGCCACGGACAUUGACGAGGACGAUCUCCAGGACAAUAACGAGGAAGAGGCUCGGAAAUUGCGCGAAGCCUCUAAGAAGGUUUUGCUCUACCAGAGCAGCCAGGGCAGCAUCUCCUCUGCAGAGUUUUCCGUUGAAAACCCCAAAUCGCCCAAGACGACAAGAACUCUGAGCCGUCGGCGGACUUUUGACAUGGAGAAUGACCGGUACCCCGGAGACCCGACAAACGAGGAUUUGGUCAGAUUCUUGCUCAGCUCGCCGCCUUCCUCGAAACGCAACAUUGCUCGCCGACACACGCUACCCGUGAGAGUCAAGAAGGAGGAGGUUGACGAUGAGGACGACGUGUGGGUUCCCAUCUCCGCAGCCAGAGACACGGCCCAGAAGACUACAUGCAAGUCCAAGCAAGUGUUUGACUUUACCGACCUACCUCAAAAGCGAGACUCUCCAUCCACCGAGAACAUCGCUCCCCUCGGCCAAGACAAGGAGCAAAGCCACGAGGGAAACGGUGAAACUGUUCCGCCCAAGAGUUCGUGGAGCACGUCAGAAUCUUUCGGACUGUUUUCUGGCUUUCUGAGGCGCCUCGGCGAUAUCGGUAGACUGCAGACAAGCAAGGAAACCGCCCGGCAAGGUGUUGGUACCGACGUGUAGGCCGGUGUUUCCCAACCUUUAUUAAGUCAGGGCACAUAUCUCACGGCACACCACCAAACAAAAAUGCUGAAAUAAUGAUGAUUUUCUCUCAAUUUACUCACAAAUGUAUUUACUUACGGUAAAAUCUGGGGCUGUUUAUUAGCUAUUAUUAUUAUUUAGCUACUAUUCUUUUGUAUGAAAGGCAACAGGUGGAGACACAUUAAAAUCCAAUUUUCCGACGAACUGCACUGUGAAACGUUUUAGCUGUUCCCAAAGUUUGAUCAAUGUUUGUGUCCACCACGGGAAAACUUUCAUUAUGUUUUCGUAAGAUUCAUUGACAUUUGUACUAAAUGUGAGCAAAAAAGUGGGGGUAGCGGUCCGAGGAUCUCGGGGUCUCGCUUGAGGCGACCAGUCGGAAGGCAGCUCCAUGUGUUUACCGCUCGAUCUUUGUUCCCACUCUCGUUUAUGGUCCCGAGCUGUUGGUAGUGGCCGAAAAAAACAAGAUCAUAGAUACAAGUGGUCGAAAUGAGUUUCUGAGAUUUGUUUUAUUUGUAUUAUUUUGUUUUACUCCGAUGUGGCAUAGUUGGGAUAUCUGUCAUGGCAACAUGAAUUGAAAAAUGCAUGGAAUCAAAUACAUUUUCCGAUCAGAAUCCCGCCUCUUAGUCACAGAAAAACACCUUUAGGGACAUGUAGUGUACAUGCCCACUGCUGCGCAAACAACACAAACACGUUACAAAAACACCUGCUACAACCAAUUUGUUGAGUCAUACAAUGGAGUUAUGGGAAAAAGCGGAGGCUUGAGUCAGGAAAUGAAUAUUUGUGAGCAACAAGUAUGGUUGCAUGCCAAGGCGGAGGACCACAGAUGCAUUAAUUCCCUGGAGAAGUACAGAGUAGGUCAGAAGGAGCUGCAUUGUGUCUUUGUAGGUCUGUAGAAAGUUGACGACAGGUUAUCGAGAGAGGAACUGCGGUACUGCACGCGGACGUACAGGACGUGGCAAAGUAUGAGGGCAACAGAACAGAUAGUAGGUGUGACUGACGAGCAGGUUGGAGCCGGCGGCGGGAAGUGUCAGGUGUGUUAUGCAAUAGAAGAGUCUGCUCGGGUGAAGGGGAAAGUUGAAGACAUGAUGUACGGCUUCGAGACAGUGGCACUGAAGAGACGGCAGGAGGCGCAGAUGGAGGUGGUGGAGAUGCCGACGUUAGACUGAGAGUCGAAACGAAAAGGACAAUUUGACGGCUAUUGUAAACGGCGUUAUUUACGUAGGGUUUGGGUGUGCGUGAACGUAAACACAGUCAUACUGGAUUGUGUCACUAAAUAAGCACGUGGGCAGUUGGACCCGCAGAGGUGGAAGUGCAGCCUUCGAGAUGAGAGGGUGAGAUGGAGAGGAGCCAGAUGAGGCGCUUUGGGCCUUGGGUCAGGUGCCUCCUGGACGCCUCCCCUGGUGAGGUCUGCGAGUUUCUCGGGACACGUCGGAGCGACUAGGGCUUGGGAAGUCUUUGGCAUUGCGCCGGGAACAGCCGAAGUCGUGGCCACGUCCACGGAAGUCUGGGCUUCUCUGCUUUAGGCUGCUUCCUGCCGCAAACCAGCCUCGGAUGAACUGAAGAUGUCAAAGUCCCAAGUUUUCAUCAACCCCAGCUGGGAACUGUGGUUGGUGUUGCGAGUGUUUCCAGUAGAUGGCAGCAUGUUAUGGGAAGUUGUGUUCAUGAUUGUUCAGAACCCAAGACAAGGCAAUUUCAUGCAUUUAGUUGGACUUAGUGUAAAGCCAUUAUUAAAUUGAUGUUAUUUAUUGGAAUGCAUGCUGGACCCCAGAAAACAUUUAUACAUCCCUUGUUAAGUGGUUUCCGUUUUUUUUUUUUAUACCUAAAGUGUCCAGUUAACAACAUUGUUAUUCCCCAGUUUCACUUGCUAUCUUCAUAUUGUUCUCUAGUGAUGUCAUCAGAUGAGUUGUUGCUUUCACACAAUCCAGCCUUUGUUUUUUUUGGGGGGGGGGGGGGGGGGGGGGUUGUGCAGGAGGGUUUGGGAGGGUCUUAGGGGGGCUUAAAUGGGUCAGUGUUACAAAGGCGGUCUGUCAAUUCAGGCGAGCGGUGCAGUGCUAUCGGCCCACAAAAAAAAAACCCCAAAAAAACAAGCAAACACCUGCUGGUCAGCUGACGUCAACUUUUUCACAUGCACCCACUCCUCUUGCCAGCCACUGUCUAAAUGUCUAACAGUGUCCAGUGGCGCAAUUGGUGGUUACAUCCCAUAACAUGUUACAUUCUAACAAUAGGCAAAUCAUGUUUUGUCAUGUCAGUGUCUGUGUAACCAUUUUCCUCAAGUGGCGGCCAGUGCAUUCGGUUUAUCGGGUCCUUCAUAAUUCCCCUCGACUUAUCACCUCACAAUUAUAGCAACCAUCAAUACCAUACGAAAAGGCGUUAUAACUUUACACAUCGGUGCCAUGUAUAUCAUCCGGAGGAAAUCAGACUCUAUGUUUAUGUAAUAAUGUGACAAAAACAGAAAAGAAUAAUUAAAUACAUCCUGCUCACCA